GGGCGCCCCUGGAAGAGGCAGGUCUCGGCAGCAGCUCCACGCGGCCACCGCCGCGGCGGGGCGCCGCGGGCACGGAGGGCGGCGGCCCCCGGAGCCCCGCGUAACGGGACCGACCGCCCAAUACCGCGCCGGGGGCCGGGUCCCGGGAUAAAUAGCUGCCCGGCCCCGGAGCUGCGAGGACAGCGGCGUCCGCCGGUGUCCACCGGUGUCCACCGCCCCAUCCGCCCGGCCUGCCCGGGGCACUGCGCUCCGUGCUGCGCCCCGGAGCCCCCGCCGAGGCCGGGACUCAGGCCCUAGAGAGACACACCACCUUUGUUGUACCUUACAAUGGAAUUUAAAAAGUCACCUGAUGGUGGAUGGGGCUGGGUGAUUGUGGCUGUCUCCUUCUUCACUCAGUUCCUGUGUUAUGGCUCCCCACUGGCUGUUGGAGUGUUGUAUGUAGAAUGGUUGGAUGCCUUUGGUGAAGGGAAAGGAAAAACAGCUUGGGUCGGAUCUCUGGCAAGUGGAGUUGGAUUGCUUGCAAGUCCGGUCUGUAGUGUCUGUGUCUCAUCCUUCGGAGCAAGACCUGUUACAAUCUUCAGUGGCUUCAUGGUGGCUGGAGGCUUGAUGCUGAGCAGUUUUGCCCCUAAUAUCUACUUCCUGUUCUUUUCCUAUGGCAUUGUUGUAGGUCUCGGAUGCGGUUUAUUAUACACUGCAACAGUGACUAUUACGUGUCAGUAUUUUGACAGCCGCCGAGGUCUUGCGCUUGGCCUGAUUUCAACAGGUUCAAGUGUUGGCCUUUUUAUUUAUGCUGCUCUGCAGAGGAUGCUGAUUGAGUUCUAUGGGCUAGAUGGAUGCCUUCUGAUUGUGGGUGCUUUAGCUUUAAAUAUAUUAGCCUGUGGAAGUCUGAUGAGACCACUUCAGACCUCUAGCUGUCCCUUACCUGACAAAACAGCAGCUAUGGAAAAUAUACCAGAUAAAUACUCCAUUUACAAUGAAAAAGAAAAGAACUUGGAAGAAAACAUAAACAUUCUCGACAAGAACUAUAGUAGUGAGGAAAAAUGCAAGAAUACUUUGACCAAUGGUGACUGGAAACAGGAGAUACUAUUUUAUAAAACCUCUUCAUCCAUGGCACACACAAAAGAGCCAGAAACAUACAAAAAGAAAGUUGCAGAACAAACAUAUUUUUGCAAACAGUUUGCCAAGAGGAAGUGGCAAUUAUAUAAAGUCUACUGUGGUGAAACUGUGUCUCUUUUUAAAAACAAAGUCUUCGCAGCCCUUUUCAUAGCGAUCUUUCUUUUUGACAUUGGAGGCUUUCCACCUUCAUUACUUAUGGAAGACGUAGCAAGAAGUUCAAACGUGAAAGAAGAGGAAUUUGUUAUGCCUCUAAUUUCCAUCUUGGGAAUUAUGACAGCAGUUGGUAAACUCCUUUUAGGAAUACUGGCAGACUUCAAGUGGAUAAAUACCUUAUAUCUUUAUGUUGCUACUUUAAUAAUGAUGGGCCUGGCCUUGUGUGCAAUUCCAUUUGCCAAAAGUUAUGUCACCUUGGCUGUACUUUCUGGGAUCAUGGGCUUUCUGACUGGUAAUUGGUCCAUCUUCCCAUAUGUGACCACGAAGACUGUGGGAAUUGAAAAAUUGGCCCAUGCCUAUGGAAUAUUAAUGUUCUUUGCUGGACUCGGGAAUAGCCUUGGACCACCAAUUGUUGGUUGGUUUUAUGACUGGACCCAGACUUACGACAUAGCAUUUUAUUUCAGUGGAUUCUGUGUCCUGCUGGGAGGUUUUAUUCUGCUUUUGACAUCUCUUCCCUGUUGGGCCACAUGCAACAAGCAACUCCCUAAGCCAAGCCCAACAACAUUUUUGUACAAAGUCGCCUCUAAUGUCUAGAGGAAUAUUGGAAGGCACUGUUUUAUACCAUAGAACAAAACAUUCUCAAGCAAAUUCUCUAGAGUCACGACUGUUUUCUUAUAGCAAAAUUUCUCUGUGGCUGAUUCUAAAUGAAAGACUUUAAAAAAAAAAUCCUAAUUUUUAUGUACUGUAGGCAUAGCCGCUAUCCCUUAGAUAUUCCCCCCACCCCCCGCAAGAAAUGAGACGAUUCUGUUUUACUGUACUUCAUCACUCUUUAACAUUGUAAGAUUUUGACUACCCUCGGAUGACUUUAUUCUGUGUACAGAAAUAAGGAUUUGCUGCUGACUCUGUAAGUGCCACUGCAAGGCUGAAACUCCGCCGGGUCUCUUCUGCUCUAAGACUGAUGUAAGCCUCCCCAUAGGCUAAAUGGAAGAGCCCCUUGGGAGGAAUCACUCUGUGUUAGACUCGUUCAUCAGCAGGAGACCUCAAGCCCUGACAUUUCCAGAAAUAAGAGUGGUUAUGAAAACAUUCUUAAGGCUUGCAGUGGAGCAAACUGAUCACUUUAUAUAAAGGCAGUUUAAAUGGCCAUCCUCAGUUUUCAUUCUGCUUUUUGUCGUUC